AUGACUUGCCAAGGUCACACAGCAGGCUCAGUUGUGGUGUUAGCCCAAGAGCCUCCCCAAGCCUGGGCCAGAAGCGGGCAUGGGUCAGCCAAGGGCGAAGACACCUUGAAGACGUCUCAGUUUCACUUCGACCUGUGGUUCUACUUCACCCUGCAGAACUGGGUGCUGGACUUUGGGCGGCCGAUCGCGAUGAUUAUUCUGCCUUUGGAGUGGUUUCCAUUAAACAAACCGAGUGCAGGAGAUUAUUUCCAUAUGGCAUACAAUGUCAUCACUCCGUUUCUUCUUUUAAAGCUCAUUGAACGAUCCCCCAAGACCCUGCCCCGAUCAGUCGUCUACGUCAGCAUCAUCGUGUUCGUCAUGGGAGCCAGCAUCCAUCUGGUGGGCGACUCCGUCAACCACCGCUUGAUGUUCAGCGGGUACCAGCACCACCUGUCGGUGAGAGAGAACCCCAUCAUCAAAAACCUGAAGCCGGAGACGCUGAUUGAUUCCUUCGAGCUGCUGUACUACUACGACGAAUACCUGGGGCACUCCAUGUGGUAUAUUCCUUUCUUCCUCAUCCUAUUCAUCUAUUUCACCGGCUGCUUCACACCCGCGAAAGAGGAGAGCCGAAUGCCCUUUGCCGCAUGGCUGCUCGUGGGGCCCAGCAGCCUUUAUUACUGGUAUCUCGUGACGGAAGGGCAGAUUUUCAUCCUCUACAUUUUUACUUUCUUUGCCAUGAUGGCCUUAGUGAUGCAUCAGAAACGGAAAGGGCUGGUCUUGGACAGCAACGGACUCUUCCUCUUCUACUCCUUCAUGCUUACGUUGCUCUUCAUCGGCGCCUGGGUGGUUUGGCUGUGGAACGACAAGAUCCUCAGGAAGAAGUAUCCCGGCGUCAUUUACAUUCCCGAGCCGUGGGCCUUUUAUACCUUACACCUGAGCAAUCUCCAGCCGGCAGGGGACGGGGCUUAGGGGGGGUGGCGUGCGGACAGAUCUCUAGCUUUUCCGACCGUGGCUGUGUCUCGGAUCCGUUACUGCCCCGGUAGCUGGAACCCGGCUGUACGCUGCCCCGACCUGGGGGAAGGGGUUUGGCCGUGGUACGUCUGCCGUGUCAGUUACUUUCCAAAGCUGCCGCCUUGCGUGUUCUGGUCUGGGUGCAGUGCAGGCACGGAGCUGACCUUCGAGGGAAGACUGCCAGAGGCAAGCCAGGACCCGACGGAUGCAGCGGGGCUUCGGCCUGUAGUUGUGUUGUCCCGUAAAACUUCAUCCCCGUGUAGCCGACGGUGGAGCAGUUCCCCCCAGUCUGGUCGACGGCCAGCCUUUCCCUUCUGAGCGCAACGCGGGGGACCUCUGGAACAUGGCAUGCAAUGACUUCCCAGUGCAGCUCAUCCUCCGGGC